UAAAAGCAGGAAGGGAAAGACCAAAUUCCUGCUGGAUCGGCGCAUCCACCGGUGCAGCUGAUCUAUUUUUAGUCGUGAACUACAUCAGCUCUGCCUGCAGACGCUGGAAGGGGAAAUCACCAGCGCUGCUUUGCUUCAUCCAACCACUGACUUAUCACUAAAGCACGUGAAAGCAAGCAGCCAAGACGCACGGACGCACAGGCUUCCCCCCCUUUCUUUGGAGGAGAAGCAUGGGUUCCGAGUGACGGAGGGUUGUUUGUUGAGCCUCGUGGGGAGGCGCAGGACUACAGGUGACCCCCCCUUCCUCCCCACUUUCUGAAAGCAAGGCAGGUGGUCCGCGAGCACGAAAGAAGGGGUGAGAGAGAAGAAGAGGGACGAGAGAAAGGGGAGGCGCGCGCGAAAAGUGGUCGGGCUACUUUUCUGACGACGCAUCAACCUGUGGAUAGAUGAGGCGCGCGGAGCGCCCACGGACACCCACUUCCCUCUGACCCUCAAGGAGGAUGCCUGCUCGAUUCCCAGCAGGAGGACAGAUGCUUGGAAGUUGAAGGCUCCUGCGCCACCCUCCUCAACCCCCUUUUCCCCCAGCCCCCCACCCCGCUUUAUGAAUGGCCGGAACAUGGAGGAGAUGCCAUUCGCAAGAGUUCAGAAGCGGCGCAGGACGGGUCACUGCCCGGCCCCUGCCCCUCUGGACGCCAUCGCCUGCGAGGACGAGUUCAACAGCCACGAACUGGAGGCUCUCUUCCAGAGCUACAACCUGAAGCUGGAGCAGACCUCCACCCUCAAAGCGCUGGCAGUCCUCAUCGUGGCUGCGUCGUCGAUGACCCUGAUGGAGCUGCUCUCCAGCCCGCGUCUCACCCUCUCCAAGGGCUCCAACCCGGUGCACUGCGUGGUCUUCCUUUCCCUCUUCAUCGUCACCAACGUCAAGUACCUGCAGGUGACGCAGCUGCAGCAAAUCGCCAAGCUGGCGCUGCUCUUCAGCUUCACUUUUUCGCUGCUCUGCUGCCCGUUCCCGCUCGCGCUCGGCACGUCGGAGCCGGCGCACGCCACUGCCCCUGAGCAAGGCGUGUGGCAGCUCAUGCUGGUCACGCUGGUGGCGUACGUGCUGCUGCCCGUGCGGACGCUGCUGGCCGUGCUGUUCGGCAUCAUGCUGGCAGCGUCUCACUUCGUUGUCUUCGCCACGUCGUUCACGGGGAGGAAGCAGCGGAUGUGGAGACCGCUCGUGGCCAACGCUGUCCUCUUCACCAGCGUCAACCUGUCAGGGGUGUUCGUGAGGAUCCUCACCGAGCGCACCCAGAGGAAGGUCUUCCUGCAGGCCCGCAACUGCAUCCAGGAGCGGCUGAGGCUGGAGGAUGAGAAUGAGAAGCAGGAGCGUCUGCUAAUGAGCCUGCUCCCCAGAAAUGUUGCCAUGGAGAUGAAGGAGGACUUUCUGAAGCCGCCCGAGAGGAUCUUUCACAAGAUCUACAUCCAGCGUCAUGACAAUGUCAGCAUCCUGUUUGCAGACAUCGUGGGCUUCACCAGCUUGGCUUCUCAGUGCACUGCUCAGGAACUGGUCAAGCUGCUCAAUGAACUCUUUGGGAAGUUUGAUGAACUCGCCACGGAGAACCACUGCAGGCGGAUCAAGAUUCUGGGGGACUGUUACUAUUGUGUGUCAGGACUGACCCAGCCCAAGGCUGACCACGCCCACUGCUGCGUAGAGAUGGGGCUGGACAUGAUCGACACCAUUGCGUCGGUGGUGGAGGCGACUGAGGUGGAUCUGAACAUGCGCGUGGGUCUGCACACGGGGCGCGUGCUGUGCGGCGUGCUGGGCCUGAGGAAGUGGCAGUAUGAUGUGUGGUCAAACGAUGUCACACUGGCCAAUGUGAUGGAGGCUGGAGGGCUGCCCGGCAAGGUGCACAUCACGAAGACCACUCUGGAGUGUCUGAACGGAGACUACGAGGUGGAGCCGGGCUUUGGCCACGAGAGGCACUCUUUUCUGCAAAAGCACCACAUCGAGACGUUCUUUAUCGUGCCGUCGCACAGACGCAAAAUCUUUCCUGGAAUCAUCCUGUCAGACAUAAAACCAGCCAAAAGGAUGAAGUUCAAGACGGUGUGCUACCUGCUGGUGCAGCUCAUGCACUGCAGGAAAAUGUUCAAGGCCGAGAUCCCCUUCUCCAACGUGAUGACGUGCGAGGAUGACGACAAGCGGAGGGCCCUGCGGACUGCCUCGGAGAAGCUCAGGAGUCGGACGUCUUUCUCAGCCACGGCCGUGCAGCAUUCGCCUGCCACCCGCGUCAACCGCUACAUCGGCCGCCUCAUCGAAGCGCGGCAGACCGAGUCAGAGACAUCAGACCUCAACUACUUCACCCUGUUUUACCACAGCAGAGAAAAGGAGCGCAGGUAUCACCAGGUGUACGAUGAUGAUUUCAUCAGUGCCGUAGUUCUCUCUCUGAUCCUCGCUACUCUGUUUGGCCUUAUCUAUCUGUUGGUGAUUCCACAGGGAAUGGUGGUGCUGCUGCUGCUGGUGCUGUGCUUGUGUUUCCAUGUGGCCUGCGUUUUGUACCUGCAUCUUACCAGCAUUCAGUGCCAACCGGGGUGUCUGACCAUCCAGAUCCGAACAGUGCUGUGUGUCUUCCUCGUCCUGCUCACGUACUCUGUGACCCAGGCCUGUGUGGUCGGCAGUGUACCCUGGGAAAUGGCAGAGAAAAGCACCGGUCGUUUAGCGGCCGCUCGGGGGGCGGGGCCCCACAACAGCACAGCGGCGGACUACAUGACUUACGCCUUGCUGUCCUGCGUGGCCGGCACACUCACGAUCGUCCCUUACCUCCGCGUGUCAUCGCUGCCUAAAAUCCUGCUGCUCCUCCUCCUCUCUGUCACCUACACUGUUGUCAUGGAAACCAGCGGCUACCGCCAAGCUGUGGGCGGCGGCUUUCUCCACACUCGAGGCUAUGACCCCGUCUUGGCUGUUCUGCUCUUUUCUGGAGCUCUGGCUCUUCAUUCAAGACAGCUGGACCUGAAGCUGCGGCUGGACUAUCUCUGGGCAACCCAGGCGGAGGAGGACCGGAAUGACAUGGAGAAGGUGAAGCUGGACAACAAGAGGAUCUUGUUCAACCUGCUGCCGGCUCAUGUGGCUCAGCACUUCCUCAUGUCAAACCCCAGGAAUAUGGACCUGUACUACCAGUCUUACUCUCAAGUUGGAGUUCUGUUUGCCUCCAUCGCUAACUUCAACGACUUUUACAUCGAGUUGGACGGGAACAACAUGGGAGUCGAGUGUCUGAGGCUGCUCAAUGAGAUCAUCGCUGACUUUGAUGAGCUGAUGGAUAAAGAGUGCUACAGAGAUAUCGAGAAAAUUAAGACCAUUGGUAGUACGUACAUGGCUGCAGUCGGGCUGGUUCCUACAACUGCUUCCAAGGCAAAAAAGUCCAUCACCUCGCAUUUGUGCACAGUGUCGGAUUUCGCCAUUGAGAUGUUUAAUGUCCUGGAUGCCAUUAACUACCAAUCGUACAACGACUUUGUCCUGAGAGUCGGGAUCAACGUGGGCCCAGUGGUGGCAGGAGUCAUUGGAGCCAGGAGGCCCCAGUAUGACAUCUGGGGAAACACCGUGAAUGUUGCCAGCAGAAUGGACAGCACUGGAGUGCAAGGAAAAAUCCAGGUGACGGAGGACGUACACCGCCUCAUUACCGACUUUUACAAUUUUGUGUGCCGUGGUCAAGUGAGCGUAAAGGGCAAAGGUCAGAUGCUAACCUAUCUCCUGGAGGGGCGCAGGCCGGGCAGCCAGCAGCAGACCGGCAGCACGCAGCGCAGCUCCAGCGCCUUUGCACAAGGGAGCGUUUGCACAAGGCUAAGUCCCGCCCCUAUCGCAGCAUCAUAUGGCAACAUCAGGACCCCGAGCCCAGGCGUGGCCACUCCAACCACGUCUACAAGCACCACCAGGUAUCUGCCUACGGGGAAGGUGUAACAACACUCUUGGUGAUGUGAAGAUCUGGAGCAAAGCUGCUCUCCACGCUGCUUCUACUGUCUGUGGAACACAGGGAGGCGGAGACAAGCCGGUCCAAUGGGACACCUGAGCUCAGCUGGAUACAGGAAGCUUUCGCCACGUUGACAUCCUUAAAGGCCAAGGGUGUCUGCGAGAUGUCAGGGUGGAACUGCCCAGAAUCUGCCUGCAACCGCAGUCUCUGAAACCAGGGUCAAACCUGGAGCAAUGAUGCACAUCCGAUAGUGUAGCAGCCGCUCACCCCUUUGUCUAUUAACUAAAUCAGUGCUGUUGCCUUAGCAACCACUACUAACGAAUUUUCUUGCCUUUUUUCACAUUUUUUUUUUACGUUGCCUUUCAUUUUUUGUUUUGGAUUUAUGGAGCAGCAAUUCAGACAAAAUGAUCUAACAGUGAUUAAAGCCAAAUGUGUAACAAGUGCUGGCUGUUAAAGGAAUAAAGUUGCCAAAAAAAAACAAACACACAACAGAGGCAGGUACAGUCGUCAGGCACCUAUGGGUGUUCGACGUCCCCGCCCCUUAAACGCAUGAUGCCACUGCUGCAAUCCAGUCCGUUCUGUUUCCCCCGUGAUACUUCCAGACUCUUCCUUGUCAAAGUGUAGCAAUAACGCAGUUUCGUCUCCCAGCUCCGCCCGUCCGCCCCAUGCAUGCGGUCACCUGCUGGACCUGAACGUGUUUGUAGCCAGUAGAAGUGUGCAUUGCUAGCCAUUAUUCUCAGUGAAGUUUAAGCAUGACUUAGACAAAAAAAGCAAACGGAAAAAAAAAACACGUCUUCUCUGUGGUGUGGUUCCUACUGCCUCUUUGAAUGAUUUAUUUCUUUUUCAGUGGAAUUUCUUUCUGUUGGUUGAAUAUCCCAUCAGAAAAGACCACUUGAUUGGGGGGGGAUGGCUCCACUUCUGGACUCAUCGAGGUUUAUUUUACGACUCAGCAUGCUACUCUGAGUAUGGCUGAGCGCAGCCUGUCCUGGCACACACACACUGCAUGCAAGGCCGUGGCUCCUGCAUGCAUGCUUUGACGAUGCAGGCCGAGCGGCAGGCGCACUCUUCUCUCCGUGGUCCUCAUGCAUGCACUCAAGGUAGCGGUUCCUCUUGAAUGUAAGGUGCUCUUAUUGACACGUGUCUUCGAGAAGCGAAUCCUUUCCGAGGACACACUUCAGGAUCGACGGGCAUCAGGCCAGGCGGGGCGUGUCCCCGCCCCCUUCCGCCUGCUGUUAGUCAACAGGUAGCUGGUUCUCAAACGUGCCAACCUAUUUUCAUAAACAUAUCAGACUACUUUUAUCGUGUCGAGCUGUAGCACAACUGAGUGCCUGUGGCUACGGUUUCUGUGGACUUGCCUGCGUGGAAUGCCUGUGUUUUUACCGUUUGAGCUGUUCUUUAAAACGUUUUUAACAAUCGCAACUUUGCAGGGAUUUAUGGGGACGCCAUAAACUCCUAGAAAUGGAAAGAGCGGGAAACUAGAUGUACAGGAAACUUUCUUUAAAGUUUAAAAUGAGGAUUUUUAUAUAUUUGAUUGAUCAACUAUGGAAAAAAGUUGCGUGUAGUAUUUUUUUUCGUGUAAAUUGGAUAUUUUCAUACUGUACGAUACGGGUUUCAAUUGUUAUAUGUAGGCAUUACCGGCUAUAUCUGUCUUUUUCAGAGAUAUAUUAGGAUUAAUCUGAUAUUUGUCAUGUUCUUUUGGUUGAAGAUGUAUUUAUGAAGAUGUUUUAUGUGAAUGUACAUUUUGUUAAAGAGCGUAUUUUAUACUAAGUGUUUGCACUGCAAGAAUAUUGACGUAUUAUAAAAAUAAAGUCAGCGGGAAUGCCAUUCCUGCAGAAAAACAACAAAA